UUAAAAGUCCAUCUUUACUCUUCCAUUCCAGCAUAGUCACAAAACAGUAAAUAUGGAUCGCUCUCCGUCUCAUAACAAAGCUAGAGACGAGAAAGUCCGGUUGAUGCAAGAAAGGCAAAAGUAUUGGAUGCAGCAGAGAGAAACUGCUUCUAAGAAGAAGGACGUACAAGCUGAUAGCCAGCUAGCUUCAGGGAAGUCCGCAUCAAGAUCUGUGAAUAAUAAACAGUCGCAAUCAAAAAGGGGAAAGAGCGACGAAGUAUUGUUAUGGACUGCGAAAAAGCCAGACGCAGUACACGAUGGUUUUGUUGUGAGAAAACAAUCAGCAAAAUCUGACAAAAUUGCAUCAGCUCGAUCUACUUCAUCAAAAAGUGGGUCCGUAAGCAACAGACCAAACAGCAGAACUUCAUCAUUGGAUAUCUUAAGUAAAUCAGAUGUUAAAAAGUACAGUAAACAUGAAGCUAAAGUUGAUCAAUUUACAAGCACCCCAGACAGAAAAUCUGCAGCUAAUGAUGAGCUUGAUAUGAUAAUUGCAAGUGAUAUUUCUUCUAUUAAGAUAGGUUCUCUCGAAAACCAGCCUAUCAGCAACCUUGCAAAGAGAAAUGAGUAUGACAAGCUUAAUUAUACUUCAUUGAACAACAGAAAAGUAGAUAUGGAUGAACAGAUAAGUAAAUCAAGCUCAACGUUCACCUAUCAAUCACAGGAUAACUUUUCAGAUCCAAGGAUAAAUGAACAAGGACAAAACAACAAGUACUCUAUGCAUUGUUGUCCAAUGUGUAAAAAGCUCAUGCACCAGCAGAGCAAUCUUCCAUUUUUGAUUAUCCCUUGUGGUCACAAUAUUUGUGCUCAGUGCCAACCAGGGCAGGUAUAUUGUCCAACAUGCAAUGCAAAAAUUGCCUCUGUUGUAGAAAAUAGUACACUGAGUCAGGUUAUUAAGGAAUAUAAGAAACACGAGGAGAGAGAAGAACUUGCCAGAAAAGAGAAGGAAGCAAGAAAAUAUGUGGAUGAGUAUGAUUCGUUGAAGACAAGAUGUGAGGUUCUAAGUAACAAAGCAGAGGGUGUUAUUGAGACGAUGGAACAUAUCACAUCAGAACUUGUGGGCCGAAAAACAAAAAUGAAGAAUAUGGAAGAGAGAAGACAAGACUUACUAGAGCAAAUUGAAAGCCUCAAAGAAGAACUUUCAAAUUGUGAAAUUGAAUGCAAAGAUAACGAAAGAGAAUGCAUGGAACUGGAAGUCUCAUAUUCGAAGGAAAAAGAAAACUUGGACUUGAUAGAAAAUACUCUAGAAAGGGUGAAGCAGAGCAAAAAUAGGGUGAAAACACUGGUGCACAGUCUUAUCCCAACAUUUGUCUUUGAUGAUGAUUGAUACUCUGUAGAUUUGUUGACUACUAUGAUAAACAUAUCUUUAGAAGGUUAAAAGGUGACCUUAGACACCUAAAUAGGUAAUACAAAGAUUCUUUGAAAUGUGUUAAAAUCCCAUUAAGAUUUCCCUGUGCUUGCGGCUUCCCAUGGGUUUUUCAAUAUCAAAUAAUAUGGCUUUUCCCACUUACCUAAUAUAAGUUCGAGUGGCAUUCUUUUAAAAAAGGAAUGGUUUUUUCCCUAAACCACUAGGCUUGGGUGCCAUAUCAAAUACUUUGUUUUCAUUUUGAUCUUGAAAACCUAUUACUGAGAGCUAUUUGAUGAUGAUAAAUGUCACCAAACAUAGGAAUUAUUGGUUGAUAGUGUUUAUUUUGUUGUAUUUCAAAUGAGUAUGCUAUAAGAAAAGGGACAUGAUUUGCUUAUGAAAGUCCACUGUUCAUUUUAAAAUGAACAUCAGUGCCAAGAAUUCUUCAAAAUUCAACAGAAUUUAUCAAAAUGUAAAUAUGUAUCACAAGAUGUUUCUUCUUCAAGAAAAUAGAACAUUCACUAGUGUCAUAGGAAGAGCAUUUCCUGCAAUGCAGAUUAAUUCCAAAGUGUGUAUAUGUAAAAUCCUGAGACCAAAGCAUUGUGCAUGUCUUUUUUUCAUUUCUUAACGUAGAAAGAUAUCAAGUGUAUUUGAAAAUACAAAUUAUUUAAAUGAACUUUGAAAUAUAAUGUAGCGGAGAUAAAAACAAAUUUAAAGACAAAACUUAUUAUCUAUGGUAUUCAAUUCUGGUGACAAAAAUACAAAUAACUAAAUGGUAUACUUUUUGUAGGAAUUCAACAUAAAGGAGUCAAUGUAGCAAAAAAUCUUUAAUAUCUUUAAUAGAAGAAAAGAUUAUCUAUAAGACUACCUAAGGGUAAGGAUAAAUUUUUGUUACAUCACUAUUCAAAUGAGAAACAAGAAAACAACCAAACUAACAGAUUGGCAAUAUCUAAGGGUGAAAAUAUUGCCUUGGGACAAUUUUCAUCCUAAAAAAAAUUCUUGCAACCUUCAAAAUUGGAAAUGUUGCCCUGGUUGUGUAAAACCAAGAAAAGUGUCAAACUAAGACAUAAACUUAGAGGGAUUUUGGAGGGGUCACAUACCUCUAAAAGUUGACAGGUCUAACAAAUGAUUUGCUUGAAAGAUGUUAAAACUCUGACAGGCCUGGCCCCAAGCACAAGAAUAUAAAUACAGAAUGCAUUUUGCAUCCAGAAUUAGGGAACUAUUUCUAUCUUCAAGGAAGUUUUCACUAAGAAUUGUGUAAUUUGCAUUGAGCAUAAAAUUCUCUCUCUUUUCUAAACACUGUGCAAAACACUGCAAUCUUAUAUCAUCUAGCAAUUAAUUCGAAUUGACAUGCUCCCUUCAAAAUGAUUACAAUGAGGUCUUUAGGUAACAAAAAUGCCAGUACUUUUGACAGAAGAUUAAGGCAAGAACCAUAUGUACAAAAAAUAAAACAUUCGGCCAUUGAUGAUUAAUGGUGGUUUGAAAAAUCAUGUCU